CUGUUCCCCCUGUGUUCAGUGAUCCAUUUCCGCAUAAACUGGAGAUGCUGCAAGAUAUCAGAAAGAACUAUGUAGAAGCGAGGAGGAGUGCUGAAUUAAAUGAACAAUUCAAAAGAAAGGAUGAUGACGUAGAAGCCGAGUAUACAGCCAAGAACUCCGACCAUACAUCAUCUUUACGUAUGUUCAGUAACCUUCAGCUUGAACUUGACAAGAGUCAAAGACAGUCAGAGAUCAAAAAGAACUAUGAAGAAGAGGAUUCACUCUUGACAGCUGAACUCAAGAGGAGGAGGGCUGAAGUAUAUGAAGAGUUCAAAAGAAAGCAUGUUGACAAAGAAGCCGAGUAUACAUACAGCCAAGAGCUCCGACCAUACAUCAUCUUUUCCAUCUUCAGCACACUGCCCAAUGCCUCAGCCAAGAUAGCCUCUCAUCUCUAA